GUCUCCAUCAGCUGCGCGUACGGGCGAACCAUGAAGGGCAACUUCAUCUUUAUACAUCUCCUCCUUGGUCUCAGCCUGGUACCCGCAGUCGUAUCGUCAUCUGGAGAUCGGGCAGACGAAUUUCAGAGUUGCGUCUCUUUAUGCCAGUCUCGGACAUGCGAACCCUCCUCCCUGGCAUCCUUGUCACUCGCCCUGCGACUCACUCGAUGGACAUGCGUUGACGAUUGCAAGUAUCACUGUAUGCAUCUCAUCACCAACCGAGCUAUACAGCAUGGGUGGCCCGUCCAGCAGUAUUACGGCAAGUGGCCGUUCUGGCGUUUUGCAGGCAUGCAAGAACCUGCAUCUGUCCUCUUCUCCAUUUUCAACCUCGUUGCCCACUUCGGAGGAUUGCGCAAAAUCCAGGCGAGGGUUCCUGACAGUCAUCCCAUGAAAACGUAUUACAUCACGUUCGCGUUCGCCAGCAUGAACGCCUGGGUUUGGUCGUCUGUCUUCCACACUCGAGAUCUUCCCACCACCGAGAAACUGGAUUACUUCUCCGCUGCUCUCGCUAUCCUCUAUGCCCUCUAUUACACUGUCAUACGGCUGUUCCACAUAUAUCCUGUCGAGAGGGACCGCUUGACGACGACUUCGUCUUCCUCCUCCAGGGCGGGUAUCCGUGUCCUAUGGACGUUCCUGUGCUCUCUUGCUUUCCUUGGUCAUGUCUCGUACCUUACUCUCCUACCACGCUUUGACUACUCCUACAACAUGGUAUUCAACCUCGCUGUCGGCAUGUCGCACAAUCUGCUCUGGCUAUCCUACUCGUUACCAUCAUCCCUGUCCCUCAUUACACGGUAUCCCGGGCGUCCGCGAACAUAUCGACCUCGGCACGCAUAUAAGCCCGCCUUAUUCGCUCUCCUGACGACUGCUGCGACAGCGCUCGAGCUAUUCGACUUCCCCCCAUGGGGCGAAUUACCGUCGUUCAAGAUCCUUGAGACCGACCUGAACUAUGUUUUCCUCGAUAUCGGGCCCGUGUCGGAGGGUCAUGCAUUGAUCGUUCCCAAGUGCCACUCGAACAGAAUGGACGAAGUGCCCGACGAGCAUCUCGCCGAGAUCCUCCCAUUGGCGAAGAAGAUCGCGAAGGCGCUCGACGUUGUCGAUUACAACAUACUGCAGAACAAUGGCAAGAUCGCAUUCCAGCACGUCUUCCACGUCCACUUCCACGUCAUUCCGAAGCCAAACGAGAGGGAAGGACUCAUCCUUGAUGUUCAACACUGGCCGCGUAAGGAAGUCCAGAAGGAGCAGCUUGCGGCGGCCUUGGAGAAAAUUCAGGCGAGGCUUGAGCUAUCAACUUCAAAUCUGGCAGAUUAAAGGAAUGAUGUUCGGGAGAUCAUCGGGCGAUAGGCAUUUACGUGUAGUGAGAAGGAGAACGCUUCGUCUACACGGAGGCUGAUGUAGGAUGAAUGGAGCUAUGGAUAGAUCGGGCCUUCAAUCACAUCCAUAAUCCCUGCGAAGUCGCUCCACUAGUAGGAAGGAGACGACGACGUAGUCCAAUGUCUCGAUGACAGUAGGGUCCCGGUCGACUUCGAGGUAAGGAUACUGCGAUAUCCGAAGCACAUGCAACAGCCGCUUCUCCUUAUGGUACGCUGCCACUGGUCUAUCCGGACGAUCGUCUCGACGCAACUCUAACCGCUUUUUAUCGCCAUACCAUGUAUACUUCCUGCCGUCUUUACCAUGGAACCACGCCUGUAUUUCAUCCACCUCCUUCAUCUUCCCCUUCCCCUUCGGAUCCGCCUCCUUACUGCUCGCACCAUCGUCUGCCUCCACAAAGUGCAAGAAGUCAUUCACAGCCACGUACUCCCCGCCCCCGAACCAUCUCAGCGCCAUCGCCCGUUUGGCAUCCUCCACCCUCCCCUUCGUGUCCUCAGGGGCGUGCCCAUUCAGCAUCUCCGCGACGACGCUGAACACCUGCGCAUUCGGGUCCAGCCGCGACACGCGCGUGCGGUGGCGCUCCCAUGGGGGAGUGACCACCUCGUAGUAAAGCACGUCCGAUGAGUUGGCGAGGACGACGUUCCGGAGGGAUGUCGUCGUGAGCACGAGCUUGUGCGUCUUGGCUGAGACCGGGGAGACUGGGGAGCGGAUGUGGUAGACGGAACUGCUUGUGGCUAGCAUAGAAGUGAAUUUAUUGUGUUC